UCCGCGACGUCAAUGGGAGAGGGUGUAUAGAUAAAUUAGUUGUAGUGUUGUUAAAAUUUGAAACUGAACACCGGUGACUGUGUGUGCAAUAAGUUUGAAAUAUUAAUUAGGUUUUAAUUUAGAAAUAAGGAGUGAUGAAAUCUACAAACAUGGAUUGUUCCGAUCGACUUAGUCCUUCGAGUGAUAUUACAAGCGAAUCGGAAACAUCACUACCACCUUUUGCGUAUGAAAACCAAAAUGGAAACUUCUACCAAUCAGAAUUACAAGAAAAACAGUUCUUUUCCUGCAAACAGAAGUCGCCUCAAAACGAAAGAACCAAAGAGGUUUAUCUACAAGAGAGCAAUAAAAAUUUCGAUUAUCUGUCCCCGCCAAGAAGCAAAAAGUAUUUGAAUUUCGAACUCAAAUUGCCGCCAAUAAAUGAUAACUUUUUUCAAGUUGAAACUGAAGAAAGGAUGCGUUCAUACUUCAGUGAUGCGCAAAAUAAGUGCAUUCAAAAUGAGAAUAAUUUAACUGAAAUUGAGAUUGAAAUAAAUAAUCAGAGUUUCGAACAUGUUGCCAGUGUUAAUAAUGAAAGAUUGCAGUCUUAUUUUGAAAGUGGCGCGAAUAAUAUGCGUAGAAUGAAUUUUAAUUCUGAACAAGUGCAGUGUAUGUGUGAAGCUUUACAGCAGAAGGGAGACAUUGAAAAGUUAGCAGCCUUUUUAUGGAGCUUACCAGAGAGUCAGCUGUUGUGUGGAAAUGAAACUGUCUUACGAGCUCGUGCCCUCGUCGCGUACCAUAGAGGUGUUUAUCAAGAAUUGUACGCCAUUUUGGAGACGCAUACUUUCCCGCCAAAACAUCACUCUACUCUUCAAACUUUAUGGUUCAAAGCGCAUUAUAAAGAAGCGGAAAAAGUUCGAGGGCGGGCUUUGGGUGCUGUGGACAAGUACAGAUUGAGAAAAAAAUAUCCCUUACCCAAAACAAUAUGGGACGGUGAAGAGACAGUUUACUGUUUUAAAGAGAAAAGUCGAAACGCGCUAAAGGACUGUUAUUAUAGAAAUAGGUAUCCGACCCCGGAUGAAAAGCGCGCGCUUGCCCAAAAAACCGGGUUGACAUUGACACAAGUGUCAAAUUGGUUCAAAAACCGCCGACAAAGGGAUAGAACUCCACAACAACCGAAUCGACCAGAAAUCCUAGUUCCCGCGCAACAUUCAAACGGUGGUUGGGCACAGUCCUUCAUACCCAAUGCGUAUUACCAUAAACUUCAAGACGCUACGCAUUAUUUACACGGAAACACUCCAUAGAUGUGAAAAACUAAGUAAAAAAUUACUGAGAAAAUGGCACAAAUUCGGCUGCAUUUUACGGAAAUUUUUAAAAUAGCGUGUAUAUUAUCUGAAAAAAAUAGCGUGAAAUAAUCUGAAGUUCGUUGUUGUUAAUAUAAUAUUUAUGUAUCUCAAACUCUCAAGAUAUAAACGGAAUUAGAGAACUAAUAGUAGUUUAUAGAAACUUUUAUUCAGUGUAUAUCUUAUGUAUUAAAACUAUAGGACUGGUGCAUUAUAAGCUGGUGUAGUAAUCACAUGUAAAUCACAGUAAAAACAAAUCUGUUUCAAAUUUGAAUUCAUUGGCAAAUAUUUUCAGCCGUUUGCGAAUGCGAAUUACGACAACAUAGAUAAUAGAUAGGUACCAUAAAGUGGUGUUGCCAUGUAU